AUAAAAGAGGGUUUACAUUAAAUCAUCCCCAAAAUCAACGCGACGAUUCAAUCUUUAACAAUUUAACAUCAUCAAAUUUUUAUUACCAUAAUAAUCAAAUUAAAGAUAUUUUUCACAAAUCGGGAAGACAUUUUUAGGAUUGUUUGAUGAAUGUUGAUGGUUGGCAAACUGUGCAUAUGCGCUUCUUUUUGAGGGGAUUUUGAUUUUGGAAUUGGUUAGUAAUUUGGACAAGUUGUUGAUUGGAGUUGUUAAAAAGUUGGUUUUGUUGGUGUUGUUUCAUGGAUGCACAUAUGAAUUAAUGGGGGAGGAUUAAAUUUAGUUGUGGUAAUUGAGCAUGGGCUGUAUAAGUAGUAAGCCCAAAGCAGUUGAAGAUCCUGAUGGCCCUCCUAGGCAGAGAGUACCAAGUAAAAGACUUUCUGGAACCACGUCUUCGAGCAGAGAACACUCUGAAGCCUCUCAGACGAUAAAUAGAAGUGAUAGUAGAAGGUCAUUGAUUGAUAGGAAAGCAGGUAGUUCGAUUCGAUUAUGUGAGGAUCGUUCUGAGAGGAGUAGAGUGAAACCUGAGGAGAAUGUUUUGGUCCAUCAAUCAGAGAUCAGAUCGAUUCCUAAAGCAAGGGAAGGGGAGCAGGUUGCAGCUGGUUGGCCUUCUUGGCUUGCUACGGCAGCUGGAGAAGCUAUUGCCGGUUGGAUACCUCGUCGUGCUGACACUUUUGAGAGAUUGGAUAAAAUUGGAGAAGGGACUUAUAGCAGUGUCUACAAGGCUCGGGAUCUUAUUCAUGGCAAGUUUGUUGCUCUUAAAAAAGUACGAUUUGAUAACCUUGAUGAGGAGAGUGUAAAGUUCAUGUCAAGAGAAAUUCUUAUACUACGCAGACUUGAUCAUCCUAACAUAAUUAAAUUGGAAGGCUUAAUUGCAUCUACCACGUCUAGCAGCUUAUAUCUUAUAUUUGAAUAUAUGGAGCAUGAUCUCACAGGCAUUGCAUCACUACCAGGCCUGAAGUUCACAGAGCCACAGGUAAAAUGUUUCAUGCAACAGCUUCUUUGUGGCCUUGAACAUUGUCAUAGCCAUGGUGUACUUCAUCGUGACAUAAAGGGUUCAAAUCUGUUGAUUGAUGAUUGUGGCAUAUUGAAAAUUGCGGACUUCGGUUUAGCAACUUUCUUUAAUCCUCAGAAAAGCCUGCCAUUGACAAGUCGAGUGGUAACUUUGUGGUAUCGACCUCCUGAAUUGUUGCUUGGUGCUACUGAUUAUGGGGGUUCUGUAGAUUUAUGGAGUGCUGGUUGUAUCCUUGGAGAAUUGUAUGCAGGGAAGCCCAUCAUGCCUGGAAGGACAGAGGUUGAACAAUUGCACAAGAUUUUUAAGCUUUGUGGCUCUCCACCAGAGGAAUAUUGGGAAAAGUCAAAGCUACCCCAUUCAAAAACUUUUAAACCUCAAAGACCCUAUCGAAGAUGUGUUGCUGAGAGAGUUCAAGACAUUUCUUCUCCAGCAUUAGCUCUUUUAGAGACUUUACUUUCUAUCGAUCCCGCCUCUCGUGGGACUGCCACUUCUUCUCUUGAGAGUGAGUUUUUUACGUCAAAGCCCUUUGCUUGUGAUCCUUCAACAUUGCCUAAGUAUCCUCCUAGCAAAGAGAUAGAUGCAAGAAGACGGGAUGAAGAAAUUAGAAGACGUCAAGCUUUGGAAGGCAAGCGUGACAGGGUUGACCAAGGAAAGCAAGGCUUUCAAGCACCUGUUGAUAAUGUAUCAGCCAAGGUUAAUGCUGAAUUUGUUUCAUCAUUGCAGAAAAAGAGGAGCCAAUCCCGAUCGAAGGAGUUGUUCAAAUCUCGUCAAGAGGAGUUUACGUCUGGUCCUCUUCUAGGUCCUACGGGUGAUUCAGAAGCUGCCAAAGCAGUGAGCAAAGAGAUCUUCAACCGUCUUCAUAAGAGAGGCGUCUAUUCAGGACCAUUAAGUAUUGUAGGUGGAUUGUCAAAUGGUGAGAGGAAAUUGAAUGAUCCUCCAUCAUUUUCAAGGCUAUCCAAUUUAACAACUUCAUCUAGUUUGGUAGCAAAUAGGACUUCCCCUGUCAAAGAAACCCGACAUAGAUUUGGCCUUGAUCAAAAUAAAAGAGCACCGGAUGCCGCAGAAAGAUUUUCAGGGCCUAUCGAUGAUACGGAGGGAGUAAGAAACGACGAUUGGAUGUAUUACUCUGGAGAAAUGUCGGCUAGGCAUCAACUCAAAGAACAAACUCGUGGGAAAAGACCUGACUUGCAUAGUCUCGCAUCCAAUGGGGACAAAAUUCACUUAUCUGGUCCAUUACUCCAUCCUUCUAGAAAUCUAGAUCAGAUGCUUAAAGACCAUGAUCGUCGAAUUCAAGAGGCAGCUCGUCGUGCUCGGAAUGAUAAGGUUAAGCACAGCAAAGUGCUGGCUUGGUGAAUAGGUGACCAGACGCGUUUUAGCCGUCGUUUUAGAGCCAGAAAAUACAGCAACACAGACCGAGUUUUUGUUCAGGCUUCGGUGUAAAUACAAGCACACCAUUGCAAAAUAUUGGGUGGUUGUGAGGAAAAUUAAUUUUAAUUAUAUAUGUAUAUGUGUUUUGGGUCAAAAUAGUCUCAUAGCUACAUUGUAAUUUCUUCAAUUUUUUAGUAUAUUCCAAAUCUUUUCCCAUGGUAUCAAGAGCUUUGAUUAUCUUUUUCCAUGCUUUUCCAUCCUAUUCCGUUAUCAAUGGUGGUGGUGAUCAUGUCACUUCUAACUCUACAAUGAUUGUCUAACUACUCGAUAUCUCUCCCUUGAUGGUGAUAGCUAUGGAAAACUUUCUGCUACAACUAUGCUCAUGCUCGUCGUUGCUUUUUAUUUCAUUUUGAGUUAUUACUACAUUGGUAGAUAAUGUUAGUAUGACGCAGAUAGGUAUGAAGUGGUCGAGUAUGAAAAAGAUAGAUAUGAGAGUAGGGCGGCGAAUAUUAGGGCCAAUACCCACAUCCGGCAUAACUUAUAAUACCGAUAUCCCCA